UGUAAAAGGCAAAAUUUGCAGAGGAUGAAUGUGGCUACGGUUAGAAAGAUAGAGCGGUAAUACAUUAAUUACAUUUUUAAAAGAGGUCGCUUGCUGUAUCGUAGCCUGUUUUUUUUCUUUACAUUAGUGAUGGGAAAGGAACCAAAGCGGAAAAUGGACUGCAGACUGGAGUUAAUGGUGCUUCUUGUUUUGCUGACAACAGCCUCAUCUAUUGCUUUGAGCAAAAAGGACUUCACCGAAGCAGUGGCGUAUUUAAGGAAGUAUGGCUACCUGCACAUCCCACUGGACAGUACACAUCUCAACCCUUCACCUGAAAAAAUAGAGGAGGCACUGAGAAUCUUUCAGAAAGUGUCCAACCUUCAAGUAUCAGGAAACCUGGAUUCAGCCACGCUGGAGAUGAUGAGGCAGCCCCGAUGCGGUCUAGAAGAUGCCUUCACUGACAAUUCUCUCAAAUAUAGAGUCAUGGGUUACUGGCGGAAGAAGAUGCUGACAUACCGCAUUUACAAUUACACCCCGGAUCUGGGUCUAGGAAAGACCCGGCAGGCCAUCCAGACCGCUUUUAAGUACUGGAGCGAGGUGUCGUCUUUGAAGUUCAGGGAGUUACACCAAGGAAGGGCAGAUAUAAAAAUCUCCUUUCACACUAAAGACAAGUCAUGCCCGGUUCCCUUUGACGGAAGAGGUCAUGUUUUAGCACACGCGGAUGCUCCUGAGUCGGGCAUCGUACACUUUGAUGAAGAUGAACUGUGGACGGAGGGGAAGAGCUCCGGCUCCAACCUGAGGAUCGUGGCGGCUCAUGAGAUCGGUCACGCUCUCGGCCUGGGACACUCGCAGUACUACGCCGCACUAAUGGGGCCAAUAUAUGCUGGAUACCGCUCCGAUUUCAAGCUGCAUCCAGAUGAUAUAAGUGGGAUCCAAGCUUUGUACGGAAAACCAGAGAAGAGUCCUCCAUCUGUAAUCCCUCAUCAGCCAGUGCCACGGGGUGUUAUCCCAGAUCCGUGCAAAGCCACGCUGGAUGCAGUUAUGUUAGCUCCGCCGAGUAAGACGUAUGUUUUCAGUGGACAGUAUGUGUGGACGGUGUCCAGCUCUGGCUAUAGCACUCCCACUGUGAUUUCCACGCUGUGGAAGGAGCUGCCAGGAAGCAUCGAUGCAGCUGUUUAUUCUCAGCGGAGUGGCAAAUCUUACUUCCUCAAAGGAGACAAAGUGUGGAGGUACACUGGUUUCAAACUCGACAGAGGCUUCCCCCGACGUUUGACCAACAUCCCUGGAAAUAUCGACUCGGCUCUUUACUUCCCUAAGAACAAAAAGCUGAUCUUUUUCAAAGGCUCUGGAUACUGGCCAUGGGAUGAAUUUGGUUCCACAGACCUUCGGUCAUACCCCAGACCCAUUGGGCAUCUCUUUAAUGGGGUACCCAGCAACACUGAUGCUGCCGUGACGUGGACAGACGGCUAUGUGUACGUGUUCAAAGGCAGCCAGCACUGGCGUGUGAGCCAGAAGUAUCAAGCAGUGGAGAAGAAGUAUCCUCAGGACACAGCGUCUCACUGGAUGCAGUGUGACGACUGAGCCACCAGAGGACAUCAGGGGUUCAACACAGACUCAGAUCUGCAGCGAGGGUCGAUGUGUGGGUGCCAUGAUUUGACUCAGACUUUUUUGUCCUAUUCCUAGGAGAUUCUCACAGUAGCCACCCCUAAAUAGCUAUUGUUAUAACUAUCACUAUAUACAGCUCUCAGACAAAUAAAGAAGACUCUAUUACUGCAAUAAAAGUAAGAAUAACACGCGCCAGAUAUUUACAGUCAUAUUUUUGUUUUUUCUCAUUUAUUUAGUCAGUUCUGUUGCUUAUAUAUUACACUGAAAUGUAAUAUUGUGAGUGUCUCAUGGCGGAUGUGUACUGUGUUCUUGUGUUUGUAUUUGUAUUUAUUCUGGGAAUCAUGUGGAUUAUAUGAAAUAGGAUUAUAUGAAUUAAUUGUUACCAAAUAAAAUAUUACCUGGCUUGUCAAAA